AGGCGGUUCUGAUUCCGGCGCAGCGGCACGAUGAAGACUCUGGUGCCCCUGCUGUCUCUGUUCCUGCUGGGGGUCCAGGCCCAGCACGCUGACUGGACCUACUCAGAGGGGGAGCUGGAUGAAGAGCACUGGGCCAGCAAGUACCCCGCCUGCGGGGGGCACAGGCAGUCGCCCGUCAACCUGCAGAAGAAGAAGGCGCGCUACAACCCCCACCUGAGGCCCCUGAUCCUGCACGGCUACGGGGACCAGGAGGGCGCGUUCCCCAUGACCAACAACGGCCACACAGUGCAGAUCACGCUGCCGCAGUCCAUGCACUUCAUCGCGCCCGACGGCACCCGCUACUUCGCCCAGCAGAUGCACCUGCACUGGGGUGGCGCAUCCAAGGAGCUCAGCGGCUCCGAGCACACCAUCAACGGGAUGCGCUACGUGGCCGAGAUCCACAUCGUUCAUUACAAUGCUAAGUACGGCAGCUUCGCUGUAGCCCAGAGUGCCCAGGACGGGUUGGCUGUGGUGGCCGCACUCGUCGAGAUCCAAGACUAUACUGAAAACACCUAUUACAGCGACUUCAUUAAACACCUGAGUGACAUUAGGUACCCAGGACAAAGCACAGUUCUAGCAGACAUUAACAUUCUUGACAUGCUGCCUGAGGACACAAAACACUACUACAAAUACUACGGGUCACUCACCACUCCUCCCUGCACUGAGAACGUCAACUGGUAUGUGCUAGAAGAUCAUAUCAAGCUCUCCAAAGCGCAGGUCCUGAAGCUGGAGAACACCUUACUGGGGCACAAUAACAAGACCCUCCACAACGAUUACCGCAACACCCAGCCCCUGUAUAAAAGAGUGGUGGAAACCAACUUCUGGGUUUAGCAUUGGCCCGAUCAGAGUGAGGCUUGAUUCGGAGCCCCAGCGAAUGAAGCUGGCAGACGAGUGCCAGCGUUACGCUUCACACACAGCAAAGCAAAGCAAACGCACCGCUUUGGUAGCCGCCGCUUGGGUAAAGCCUGCUGUGCCCCGGGCCACCCCCCGCGAGCGGGCGCUCACGCCCUUACGGCUCAGCUGCGGAAUUUUCUGCUUAAAAUCCGGAAAGCCAUUUUCUGUGAAAGCGAUGUAUGGUGUGGGUGUGUGAGGAAGGAGGCAUCCGACACAGUGGCCCGACUGGAAGUGACACUCACAGAAAACGGAGCUCAGCUGUAGUCCCUGUAAUCAAGCAUGUCGCUCUGGCGAAAUGCUAAACCUUCCAGAUCUUGCCUUUAGUAGUAGAUGCAAUAAAACAA